AUGCUUUCCCGCAGAAAGCGAGUCCUGGCCAGCUCGGAGGGCUCCAGCCUUCGCCGCUGCCUCUCCACCAUGGACCUCAUUGCCUUGGGAGUGGGCAGCACGCUGGGGGCGGGUGUCUAUGUCCUGGCAGGGGAAGUGGCUAAGACCAGCUCUGGCCCGAGCAUCGUCCUUUCUUUCCUGAUUGCAGCCAUGGUGUCUGCUCUGGCAGGGCUGUGCUAUGCCGAAUUCGGGGCCCGUGUGCCCCUGGCUGGGUCUGCCUAUCUCUACAGCUAUGUGACAGUGGGUGAGCUGUGGGCGUUCAUCACUGGGUGGAAUCUGCUGCUGUCCUAUGUCAUCGGUACAGCCAGUGUUGCCCGGGCCUGGAGUGCUACCUUUGACCAGCUCCUUGGCAAGAAGAUGGGGACGUUUUUGGGUGCUCAUGCAGCCAUGAGCUCUGUGGGGCUGGCAGAGCACCCGGAUGCCUUUGCCGCUGGCCUGGUGGUCCUGCUGGCAGGGCUUCUUUCCUUUGGAGUGAAGGAGUCCACCACGGUCAACAAAGCCUUCACAGGUCUCAACAUGCUUGUCCUGCUCUUUGUCACAGUGAGCGGCUUCAUCAAAGGUGACCUUAGCAACUGGAGGCUUGGGGAGGAUGACCUGCCAUGGGCAGCUGCCCAUGAGGCUGGGAACCAGUCUGUGGCUGACAAUAUGACCAGUGCCUUUGGGGUCGGAGGCUUCAUGCCCUAUGGUUUCACUGGGACUUUGGCUGGAGCCUCUACCUGUUUCUAUGCCUUUGUUGGAUUUGACUGCAUUGCUACCAUGGGGGAAGAAGUGAGGGACCCGCAGAGAUCCAUCCCCAUAGGCAUCGUCCUCUCCCUCCUCAUCUGCUUCCUCAUGUACUUUGGGGUGUCUGCUGCCCUCACCCUGAUGAUGCCCUACUAUCUCCUGGACACCAUGAGCCCACUCCCAGUGGCUUUUGAAUACGUUGGCUGGAGCAGUGCAAAGCACGCUGUGGCUGUGGGAUCACUGUGCGCCCUGACAACCAGUCUCCUGGGCUCCAUGUUCCCUAUGCCACGGAUCCUGUAUGCAAUGGCUCGAGACGGGCUCCUCUUCAAACCUCUGGCUAAAGUUAGUCACCGUCAGUGCCCGGUGGUGGCAACGCUGGUGUCUGGAGGAGUGGCAGCUCUCCUGGCCCUCCUCUUUGACCUGAAAGCCCUGGUUGACAUGAUGUCUAUUGGCACGCUGCUGGCCUACUCGCUGGUGGCUGGCUGUGUGCUGCUGCUCAG